AUGUGCGUUGUUACUCACGCUUCGGGGGCCCGGCUCUGCUUCUUUAGCUGGCGUGGCUGCUCGUACCCUGAGCUGCCGCUGGCGUCUUUGGAGCGGGCCGGCCCCGGCACCCGGGGAGGAAGGCGCUCCCUUCUCCAGUCGGACACAGGAGCUAUGGCCGAGAAUGGAGAGCCAUGGGGAGCCAGUGAGGCUGAACUGGACCCAGUGGAGUACACUCUUCGAAAGCGGCUUCCCCACCGUCUCCCCCGAAGACCAAAUGACAUCUAUGUUAACAUGAAGACUGACUUCAAGGCCCAGCUGGCUCGAUGUCAGAAGCUUCUGGAGGGUGGUGGAGGGGGUAGGGGACAGGGUGGCUGCCCUGAGAUUUACAUUCAUGGCCUAGGCCUGGCCAUUAAUCGGGCCAUCAACAUUGCCCUGCAGUUGCAAGCCAGCAGCUUUGGGGCCUUGCAAGUGGCUGCCAACACCUCCACUGUGGAGCUGGUGGAUGAGCUGGAGCCUGAGACUAACACCCGGGAGCCAUUAACCCGAACCCGAAAUAACUCGGCCAUCCACAUUCGGGUCUUCCGUGUUACACCCAAGUAGCUGGAACAGAGUUCUACUGCAUUCUCAGCUGGAUAGCCAUAUUCUCUUCUCUACAUUUGUGGUGGGCCAUGGUUCUUUUCAUUUUUCAUACUCUGGGCUCUUGGGGAUCUCAGUUCCCUCCCCACCUUUCAGGCUCUUAGAGAGAAGUCCUGUUGUGGGUUUUCCAGCUUUCUGCCACCAACCCUAGAGAAGGCCAUUGGUUCAGGCUCCUGAAAUAAAAAAAGACUCUGUGUGAGGGAGUUUCUGUUCUCUUUCUUCUUUGGGCCUAAGUAGUGAGUUUUUUUCAGAAGCCGGGAUGUUCGGUAAUUCUCUUUCUGACCUUCCAUCGCUGUGUUACUAUCUGUCACCCCACAGUCUUUCCCCCCUUAGGGUUCCUGGCCACUGUAAAGGAAUGGGAUGUUACAUUUCCUGUCUGUGAAGCCUUCCUUCUGAUUGACCCCAGUCACUGGAGAGUGAGCUUUGCUUUGAUGGCUCCAUGUUUUCCCCCAUUACUUUCUCAUUCUGCUUCAUAAAUCGUCCACAGAUGAUAAAUGAAUGAAAAAAUAUUGAGUAAGCUCUUAAGAUGUACAGACCUCUGCUAAAUGUCAGGGACAUAAAAUAGAAAAGUGAGAGAAUCUUGUUCUCAAAGAGUUCAUCCACAUUCUAAGAAGGAGACAAAGGAGGGUUCGGCUAUAGUACAGAUGGAAAGGCCUACUGGUCCUUAAGAUGCAGCAGGAAUGCACAUAAUAAGGACAUACCCAACAUGCUGGAGGCCUUGUAUCUCAGGGGUAUUAAUGUACUAGUAUUACCUGUUACUUCUUAUUUAAAAUGAUUGUGAACUAGAAAAUCACAACCACUCACAUAUACAAGGACAGCCAGAAAAUGAGGAUUGUUAUGAAACAAUCUCCUAUAUAUAGCGUGUUCUUUUUUAAAAUAUAUAUUAAAUUUAAUAUGGAAAUACUAACACUUCCUGCUUGUCUGUGUCC